GAUUCAUAUAAUCGCCAUAAUCGAACGAGUUUUACCAAAAAGAACAAUUCAAGCUUCAACGAGUUUCAUUCCUCCAGCCCAAUAACAUUGCCUUUUGCCUUCCUCUUCAAGAAAGUCGCACGCAACCCCUCCCUUUGAACCUGUCAACUCCUUAUUUCUUCCUUGACAAACUUCCACACCACGGACACACACACACAUAUAUAUAUAUAUAUAUAUAUACACUUAAGAUCAGAGGUUAUUUUUUCCUCAAGAAUUAGAUUUCGGAACCAAUCAAGAAAGAGAAAAAGAGAGAUCAGUAAUGGUCCUUCCUCUAUUGAAGCUCGGAACGCUUGCCCUAAAAACUCUGAGCAAACCGAUUGCCGCGAGGCUCAAGAAAGAGGCUGGACUCCACCCCAAGUUCAGAAAUAUCAUCGUCAGCGUGGCUCAGGCCAAUCACCGGAUCACAACAACGAUGCAACGGCGUAUAUAUGGUCAUGCGACUGAUGUUGAAAUUCGACCUUUGAAUGAAGAGAAAGCUGUUCAAGCUGCAGUGGAUCUCAUGGGGGAAGUUUUUGUGUUCUCGGUGGCAGUAGCUGCGCUGAUCUUUGAGGUGCAAAGAAGUUCUCGUUCAGAAGCAAAAAAGGAGGAACUCCGCAAACAAGAAAUGGAGGGAAUGAGGCAACGAGAUGAAGAGUUAGCGAAAGAGGUGGAGCUUCUGAAGCAAAAACUAGCAGAGAUUGAACAUAUAGCCAGGGGACGUGGGCUUGCCGGUGUCUUUAAUUUCAGACAUUCUCAUAUUGAAGAAACCAAGCCGACGCCUGCAGCUUGAUCUGAGAUGAUCUAAAAUAAUUCCUACAAGGUACAAUUUAUCCCGGUCAUUGGCUAGAAUCUCGUCCAGGCCAUUUUGAUUCGACUGUAAUUCUUUAUGUAAAGAAUAAAAAGUUAAAUCGAAAUCUUGUACUAAUUUUUCCGCAAAAAAGAAUGCGCUGGGUAGACACAAGGUACCAGUAUGGGAGAAAUCAUAAACAAUAAUUUCUCCAUGAGAUGCUGUGGUAUGGUAUGGUGAAGGGCAUCAAGAAUUGACAUAUCGAAUAUGGGUAGUUGCAGAUGAUGUUAGUGGAUUGAGCCCUUUAUGCGUUUCUUGCCUUUUUUUCCCUCGUUCACAAAAAUUUAGCUCAUUGUUAAUUGAUGGAUGCUGUUGCUUGUUCGUAGCACUUUUGGUGCCAAGGGAAUUUCAUUACAGGCAAUUUUACGAUAAACGUUUGACCAUUACCUGUUACAUCGACACAAAUCUUAUGAUCGUAGUGGUCACUUUUGCAAGAAUAACCCAGGGCUCCCCACUAGUUUCUCCACACAUCCACAGGAGGCAAAACACAAAGGAAAA